CAGUUUGAUCCAAGAGAAUCCAUUAGCGGCGUUCUGCUGCUUUGCUUGCAUAGAAAGUUUGCAUUUCGCGCGUGAUACCUUAUUUAUACCAGUGUGCGCUGGUGUGAUAUGUGAGACUAUGCAUAACCUACAGCGUUCUUUUGGGCUCUGUUUUAGUGCUGUUAGAGGAAGGACGGUUGGGCACGUACUGUCCUCUGCUACAAGUGCAACGAGAUGCCUCUCUACCUCUCCCACGUACAACCUGCGUACAUCCUUCGUGCACAGGGAUCUCAUGGAAUUCUUCGAGCCAAAAGAAAACUGGGGAGCACAAGAAGUCAAGUCGGGAAAAUCUUGGUCCAAAGAAGAGUUACGCAUCAAGAGCAACUCUGACCUGCAUAAACUUUGGUACGUCUUGCUCAAGGAGUACAACAUGCUGCUAACGAUGGAGCACGCCGCUGAAGAAGCAGUAGAGCUGUUCCCGAGUCCCGAGCGAAUCGACAAGGUGCAGGACAGCAUGGCAAACUUGGAAGCGGUCGUCCGGGAACGCAACAGGGCUUACUAUCUGCUCGAGACUGGAGAGACCGGUGAACAACCUUGGGAGCUGAGAGAGAACGAUUACGGUCUUGUCAGAGAGUACGCGAGGCAAGAGCACGUGAUGCCACGAAAGGCAAACCCAAACGGAUACUUUCUUCUCUUUCGGGACAACGACAUGAAAGACUUUUUGAGGAAGUAUCGUGAGCAAGAGGCGAGGGAAGAAAAAAGGCGGGUGACUCGAGACAGAAAUCGUGUCCUGCAACUGCUGAAGAGGUUUCCAGACGUCGACAAGAGCUUACUGAAAGAGAAGUAUCCAGACGUUGAUAUCGAUAAGCUCGUCAAAAAGCUCGAGGAGCACAUAAGACCCGCAAUAUACGCUCCAUAGAAUUUAUUCGUAUACAUUUGGAUAGGAAGAAUAAACAUUGUUGCUCGGGA